AUGGAAAAAUUAGAAAAUCAAGAACAAAAGGGUUCGAAUACUUCUAUAAAUAAAAGUGAAGACCAAAUAAAGGAUAAUACAGAUGGUGUUGAUAAAAUUUCAGAUUUAGAAAAUAAAAUAAAAUUACUCAGUCUUCAAUUGGAAUCUGAAAGACAAAAUAAAACACAAAUCGAAUAUGAAAAUAAAAAUUUAAAAAAGAUAUUAGAAGAGUUAUCACCUUUAAAAACUACAAACAAUAAUAGUAGUAGUAGUAGUAGUAGUAGUGGUGGUGGUGGUAAUGAUAUAAAUAACACAGCAGCAGUUUCAACACCAUCAAUGAAUAGCAACAAUAGUAGUUUGUCAAAUGGUGCAUCAAAUAAUAAUGGCAGUAAUAAUGGUACACCUACAUUAGUAUCAUCAGCAGCAUUAUUAAAUUCCGCACAGCAAAUAAUAAGUAACAAUAAAAAACUGGAAGAUACCAUAACAAAAUUUGAAGACCAAGUUAUGCAAUUAAAAUUAUCUCUUACCAAACGUGCCUCUACUCAUUCUUUACCACUCAAAUCAUAUUCACCUUCAAAUAUGUCCCCAAGUACUCCUUCGUCAAAUUCAGUUUUAGAAAGUCAAAAAUUAUUGCAAACUAAACUAGAUACAUUUGAACAAAAAUAUUCUUCAAUCAAAAAUAUUUUAUUAGAUAUGGCAAAUACAAGUGUGGAUUAUGAUACAGACAAUAAUAAUAGUAACAAAAUAGAAAAUAAUGUAAAUAAUAAUAUUAAUGCUGCUCCAACUAUCCCCACUGCAACAAACAAUGAAAUUAAUAUAAAUAUCAAUAUUGAUAUUAAUAAUAAUAAUAAUAAUGAUAGUAAUAAUAAUGAUGAUAGUAAUAAUAAUAGUAACAAAGAAAUUGAAGAAAAAAUAGAAAUAGAAAAAGAAAAUAAUAAGUUUAUAGAUAAUAAUAAUGAUGAAAUAAAUAGCAUUGGUUAUAAUAAUAAAAUUAAUAACGAAACUGAUAGUGGUGAUCAUAUAUUAUUAGAUAAAGAAGCUAUUGAUACUGCAACCAAUAAUAGUAGUAUUAGUGUAAAUAUUGAUUCAAAUAGUACUUUAUCGAUUCCAGAAGAUGAAACUUCCUCUACUAAAAUUUCAAGUGAUAAUUUAAUUUUACAAAAUCAACCAAUUACAACUUUUGUUUUAGAAGAAUAUCCAUUAGAUAAUAGUUCUAAUAAUAAUAUUGAUAAUAUUGAUAAUAAUAAUAAUACAGAUAUAAUAGUAAAUAAAACAGAAGAAAUAGAACCAGAAAAAGAAAAAGAAAGAGAAGAAAAACAAAAUAAUUUAUUGUUGGAUUCUGGAUCAGAUUCAGAAUCUUGUUCAGAAAGCGAUACUGAUAAAUCAACCAUAAAAUCAUCAUCAGAUAGUAUCAAUGGCAAAGAUAAAGAUCCAUUUAUAACACCAGUUGAACAACCAAAAUUAAAUAUAAAUAUUUAUAAAGAUGAAGAAGAUGCAAAACCAAUUACAAAAUAUAUUGUGGCACCAGAAGAUGUCUCAUCAUUACCUGAUCCACCCUCAACUGUUCCAACCAUUAUACCCAAACCCGUAUCAUUACAAAAAAAUAAAUUAGCAAAUACUGCAUCAUUAAGUUCUUCACCAAAACCUUCAUCACCUAUACAAUCACAUAGAGAAAAAGAAAAUAAAAAAGAAAAAGAAAAAGAACAACAAGAACCAACAGAUUUAAAUAAUAAUAAUAAUAAUAAUAAUAGUAAUAAUACAAAUAUAAAUACAUUAAACAAUAAUAUUAAUGGUAGCUCAAACCAAAUAACCACCACUACUACCACAGCUACAACAACACCAUUGGCAUCAUCAACCAUAUCAUUACCAUCAUCAACAUCUACAUCAUCAUCCUGUAAUUUUGAAACAACCAGUAAUUCAGAGGAAAUCAUUAAUAAUGUUAGGGUUAUACCAUUAUCUGAUAUUGUUAAAGAAGGUCAUUUGAAGAAGAAGGGUGGUGGUGAAGGUGGUCGUCGUAAUUGGACAAUAAGAUGGUUUAAGUUAAAGGACGAUUCACUCAGUUAUUAUAAAAAAAGAAAAGACUCAAAACCAAAAGGUAUCAUUAAAUUAAGUCAUUCAAAAGUUGAAACUCACAGCGGUAAACCUUUUGGUAUUGUAAUUUUAUCUGGUAUCAAUAGUAAAAAUAUAAUGCGAGAUUAUUUAUUAAUGGCAGAAACUAAAAAAGAGCAGGAAGAAUGGAUACAAUCAAUUUCAGAAGUUAUAAAUAAGUUACAAGGUUUAGGUUAAAAAAAAAAUAAAAAAAUAAAAAAAUAAAAAAAUAAAAAAAUAAAAAAAUAAAAAUAAAAAUAAAAAUUAAAAUAAUAACUCACUAUUU